GGGGGAGGAGCUACACCACCAGAGCUGGUGUUGUCUAACUACGCCACUGAGUAGACAUGGCGGGUACCGUGGCAAAGAAGUGUCUCAGCCCUCUGUCCGUCCUCACCAGGAGGCUGUCAGUGCCGGAGUACAUCAGUCAGUGCUGCUAUCACCAGAAAGUGGUGGAUCAUUAUGAGAACCCAAGGAAUGUUGGUUCGCUGGACAAAAAGUCCAAGAAUGUUGGAACUGGCCUAGUGGGCGCUCCAGCCUGUGGAGACGUGAUGAAAUUACAGAUUGAGGUUGACAGCCAGGGAAAGAUUGUGGACGCCAAAUUUAAAACGUUUGGCUGCGGCUCAGCCAUCGCCUCCAGCUCUCUGGCCACCGAGUGGGUGAAAGGCAAAUCUGUGGAUGAAGCUUUGAAGAUCAAGAACACGGACAUUGCUAAAGAGCUUAGCCUUCCACCUGUUAAACUCCACUGCUCAAUGCUCGCAGAGGACGCCAUCAAGGCUGCCCUUGCCGACUAUCGCCUCAAGCAAAGCGACGACCAGCAGGAGGCAGCAAAGGUCAGCAUCUGAAGACGGACACCUUCAACAGGACGUCCUCAUUCUAACAGAAGUAGUGAUGUCAUUUUACGUUCCAGCAGUUACAAUAGAAUCCAGACCGUGUCCCUCUGCAGCAGGCUUUCAGCGUUAGCCUGUACGUCUGCUUCUGUCCACUAACCUGUCACAUAAACGCACAACUUAUGUACUGUUCAGUUUCAGUAUAAAACUGAGCCUUAUGUUCUUCAGACCGAAGGAGCUGUUGGUCCAAGAGGAAAACUUUCGUAAUAAACUUGACUGAUAUGAGGGGAAAAGCUUAUUGAAAAACCUGCAAUAAAAGUAUUUUAAACUAU